GCCACAUUCAAUCUCCCGCGUUCCCUUCUCAGAACCUUAAAAUUCUGGAAACCUUAAAACCCUAUUAACCAAAUAUAAUAAUACUAGAAUUCCCCUACAAACCUUAAACCUGAACUGAAAAGUCGCCGCCGAUCGCCGAUAGCCGGAGAAUGUUCUAUUCGCUGACACUUUUGGGGCGGAAAGGUCCAUUAGCGACCGUAUGGCAGGCAGCAACUAUUCAAAGCAGGUUGAAGAAGUCUCAUUAUGCUUCCACUAAUAUACCCUCCACUGUUGAGUUAAUCAUGUUUCCGGACGUACCCCUUGCACUACGAUGGUCUGCUCAGCUUCUACUUGGAGUUGUUAGGAUAUACUCUAAGCAAGUUGAAUACUUUCUCCAAGACUGCAGAACCUUAGAAACGGGAAUAAGAAAGUCCAUUUUGUCUACAAAUCUCAAUCUACCGGAAGAUGCUCUUCAUGCACCAUACCAAUCCAUCACUUUGCCAGAAACAUUUGAACUUGAUGCCGUCGUUUUUGAUGAUGAUGUUGACCUGAAUAGGUUUGGAGAUACUCAUCUUAAAAGUUACGAAGAGACAACUUUGGAAGAUCAAAUACUAAUGCGUGAAGAUCAGUACGUAGCUAUUUUCAUUGAUGAGGACAUCGGGAAUAGUUUGUCAAAAUCGGGUGAAGUUUCUGGAUUAGGUGCCAUGCCUAUAGAGACUGAUUCUGAUCCAUCAAACCUAGAUGGAAUUCCUGCUCAAUCCCAAAAUUCUUCUCCUAAGAAUCUGGCAGCACUAAACGGAGGAACUGUUGGCGGUGACAUUCCUCAAGAUAUUCCAGAAAUUGAAAUCAUGCGUGAUGCCGUCUAUGAUCAUGGUUCUGAGAAUGUUCCCUUAUGGUCAGAUCAAUGGAAUGAUGUAAUGGAACCAGAUAAAAUUCUGGAGGAAGAGAUCAUGAAAGACAAGGAAAGUGCAAGCCUAGUCGUGGAAGAGAUGGUCGAACGAGACGAACCACCUUCUGCUACUUCAGCAGAGGUUCAAGAAUUCACUAAUCCACAGAUAUCUUUUGGGCAUCAGUCACCUGAUUUAUUACUUCGAUCAACACCACCUCCUGAGGAGCCAAAAGCAAGGAGAAGAAAGCGAAAGCUACUCAUUGAUGAGGAUGAUAUAGUAUUGUCGAAUGAUGAAAUUGGAAGGCUACUAAAUGAUACCAGUGCAUUGAAACGCCGGAGAAAGAAUGCUCCUUUGUCUUCUUUGGACAUAUGGAAACUAAACAAGAGACAUACAAAAGAUGGAAUGUUAUUUGAGUCUUUAUUAACCGGAGUACAUAAUGAUCUCUGCAACAUCUACAAGGAAGACUUCAUUUCAGCAAAAAUCAAGACCGCUUCCUCACUAGAGGAUCAUGUAGAACCCAGCGGUAACCAAUCCCCUCCACCUGGGAAUGAUCUUGGGAUUGAAAUCGAAAGACUACGUGAUAAUCAAGAAUUUGCAUGCACCAAUUUGUUGUCUGAAAUUUUGCCUUCACCAAAUAAAUUCAUUUCCUCUCCACAAAUGCCCACGCCCGACCCAGCAGCAUCUACUGGGCGUGCUGGUUCCGAUAUGGAGACCCCUUCAACAUGGUACGGAGAGGGACUAGAUGUGGAGAAUACCAUUCUGUCUGAUAUUCCUGAGUUUGAUAACUCUGCUGGGGAUCUGAGUUUUCUGGACCAAGAUGACAGGACUCCCACCGGAACUCCUGAAGUUGGUUACUUAUCACGUAAGCAAGGGGGAACACCAGAGUUUGACACAUUACCUGCUAGAACAAGAGCUGUGGCUCAAUUUUUGCAAUGGAAGUCACCGGUAACCCCCAUCUCAGAAGAGACUGGAGAUCUCAGCUUAAAUACAAUUGUAGAAGGCAAAAACAGGAAAAUAUGUGCCCGAAUGUUUUUUGAGACUCUGGUGUUAGAGAAUUGUGGACUCGUCGAUGCGAAUCAAAAUGAACCUUAUGGUGAUAUAACUUUGAAAGUUACUUUCAAACUGAAGGAACAAUUUUCAAGCUGAGGUUAUUGUGUAGAUGUAUAUAUAGAGCUAAAUCAUUGUCCAGACAUACAUUUAGCAUUCAGUAACUAUAUGAAGAUGGAUAACCGUGGCAACCAUUUUGUCUAAAUUAUUUGGAGUAUCAAGGAAUUUAGCAUUGUGCUGCUCCUCUAUCAAGUCUGCUGAUUCUAAAUUAUUAUUUUCACAGUUCCUAUUCUUUUAGGUAUAAUUGGUCCAGUAACAUUAAAGAAAACCACUAUAAUAAAGUCCACUGUAUAUUAUCUGCUAGUAAUAAGUUAGACUUAGCCCAUAUAAAUAUGUCUUUUUGAAACUA